GAGCCCGGAGGGGUGCCGCCUCUCCUCUUUCCCGGAGCCUGGGCGGAGAGGGAGGAAAACUUCUUCCUGGCCUGGGCUCCGUGCCGCUCUGUUUGCCAACCGUCCAGUCCCGCCUACCAGUGCCGGGCGCUCCCCACCCCUCCCCCGGCUCCCCCGGUGUCCGCCAUGGCCAAAGCCUACGACCACCUCUUCAAGUUGCUGCUUAUCGGGGACUCGGGGGUGGGCAAGACUUGUCUGAUCAUUCGCUUUGCAGAGGACAACUUCAACAACACUUACAUCUCCACCAUCGGAAUUGAUUUCAAGAUCCGCACUGUGGAUAUAGAGGGGAAGAAGAUCAAACUACAAGUCUGGGACACGGCUGGCCAAGAGAGGUUCAAGACAAUAACUACUGCCUACUACCGUGGAGCCAUGGGCAUUAUCCUGGUAUAUGACAUCACGGAUGAGAAAUCUUUCGAGAAUAUUCAGAACUGGAUGAAAAGCAUCAAGGAGAAUGCCUCGGCUGGGGUGGAGCGCCUCUUGCUAGGGAACAAAUGUGACAUGGAGGCCAAGAGGAAGGUGCAGAAGGAGCAGGCCGAUAAGUUGGCUCGAGAGCACGGAAUCCGAUUUUUUGAAACUAGUGCUAAAUCCAGUAUGAACGUGGAUGAGGCUUUUAGUUCCCUGGCCCGGGACAUCUUGCUCAAGUCAGGAGGCCGGAGAUCAGGAAAUGGCAACAAGCCUCCCAGUACUGACGUGAAAACUUGCGACAAGAAGAACACCAACAAGUGCUCCCUGGGCUGAGGACCCUUUCUUGCCUCCCCACCCUGGAAGCUGAACCUGAGGGAAACAAGGGCAGAGGGAGUGAGCAGGGGAGAAAUAGCAGAGGGGCUUGCAGGGACACAUAGGUAGAUGGUAAAGAGAAUGAGGAGAAAAAGGAGAAAAGGGAAAAGCAGAAAGGAAAAGAAGGAAGAGAGAGGAAGGGAGAAGAGCGAGGAAUGAAUUGAGGAAGUGAAAGAAGGCAAGGAGGUAGGAAGAGAGGGAGGAGGAAAGGAAGGAGAGAUGCCUCAGGCUUCAGACCUUACCUGGGUUUUCAGGGCAAACAUAAAUGUAAAUACACUGAUUUAUUCUGUUACUAGAUCACGUUUUAGGGUCCUGCAAAGGGCUAGCUUGGCACUAGACUAGCGGAUUUGCUCCUGUUCUGUCACUUGUCAUGGUCUUUCUUGGUAUUAAAGGCCACCAUUUGCACAAA